AUGGCAUCAAUGCGACGUCGUUUUAGAAUCCAAAACAAGAACAUAUUCCUUACAUAUGCCCAAUGUUCUAUUCCUAAAGAGAGAUUAUUAGAGAAAAUUAGAGCGCUGUUCACCGUCAGACCGCCAAAUUAUGUGAGGGUUGCACAUGAAUUACAUGAGGAUGGGCAGCCACAUCUCCAUGCUCUUGUCGAAUUCCCAUACCGUUUUCAGACGCAAGAUCAACGGUUCUUCAACGUUGCGCACGAUCAAAAUAGUCGCCAUUUCCAUCCAAAUGUACAAGGGGCAUACAACCAUCAGAACGUGCUGGAAUACAUCUCCAAACACGGGGAUUACGCGGAAUGGGGUGAAUUCCGUGAGAGGGGCCACUGCGCUAACCAGAGUAACAAAGAAAAUAUAUAUCGAGACGCACUUGCCGUCGGCACCAAGGACGAAGCCCUAGCACUGGUACAAAAUGGCGACACAAAAUGUUUCUGGUUAAAUUAUGACAAAUUGGCUUCCAAUUAUGAUCGUAUUUCAUAUACUCCGCCAUUGCCGUAUGUUCAUCCAUUUACAGACACAGUAUGGAUCGUUCCAACAGCCAUACAGCAAUGGGUUGCAGACAAUAUAAGAGACGAAGCCCAAAGACCGCAUCGGCCCAAGAGCAUUGUAAUUGAAGGCCCAUCUAGAAUUGGGAAAACAUGUUGGGCUAGGUCUUUGGGACCCCAUAAUUACUGUUCUGGCCACACCGACUUGAGGGACCACAAUGACGACGCUUUCUACAACAUAAUCGAUGAUGUGGCCCACAGUUUUUGA